UCUCUAUUUAAGUAAGAAGAAGAUAAGCCGAAUGAGCCAACGUUUUUGAAAAAUCAAAGCAAGCUUCAGCGAUGGAAGCUACUCUGUAAUAUCCAAACCAACCCCUUUGAUUCGGGUUCUACUGCAUUUAUAAAUACCCCCACCAGUCUGCAUCUCCUCAUUUGUGUUUUCUUCUUCUCCCUCUUUCUGUAUCCAAAUAUUUUUCUUUCUACUAUCUCCACCUCCAAAACCCCUCACUACCGGAAAACAGAAAGUUAACUCAUCUCUGCGUGUCAAUCGGCAGGUUCCAGGGAAGAUCUGGUCCUCCAUCAGACAGGAUUUCAGUAGAAAAAACAUACUCCUCUUGUUUAGGUAUAUGGGGAUAUUUUUUUCCUGCCCUUUUGCUGAUUCUGAGGAUUUGAAUGAUGGCUUUGAAGCUAUGACUGUGAGAUCCAUGAGUUUCGACGGUGACAGCGUGAGCACAACAGUAAGAUCAGUCAGUUUCAAUGGUCGAAAUUCAGAACCCAAAAUACUGAAAUCCCUUGGCUCUGGAAAGAUGCUCUUAGAAGGUUCAGUCAGCUUUAAAAUGCCAGAAAUGGAAACCAUGAUCUCACUAAAGCCUCCUUCCUUUGAUAAGGAAACCAUGAUCUCAAUAAAGGACGAGAAUGAAGUGAUCCUUAGAUCCGUCAGCUCUAAGAGCAAAGAGAUCACUAACCCAUUUCCAGCAACAAAUAUUGAGAAGAUCCCCCACACACCCACGUUGGAUUCAGGCAGCCCCAAGCAUGAAGCCGCACUUAAGUUGCAGAAAGUAUACAAAAGCUUCCGAACCAGAAGAAAGCUCGCAGACUGUGCGGUUCUUGUGGAGCACCAAUGGUGGAAGUUGUUGGACUUCGCAGAACUCAAGCGAAGUUCAUUCUUCGAUAUUGAUAAACAAGAGACUGCAAUUUCACGAUGGUCAAGAGCGAGAACCCGAGCUGCCAAGGUGGGUAAAGGUUUGUCCAAGGAUGACAAGGCUCGGAAACUUGCUUUACAGCAUUGGCUUGAGGCGAUUGAUCCAAGGCAUCGUUAUGGACAUAAUCUUCAAUUCUAUUAUGUUAAUUGGCUCCAUUGUGACAGCAGACAACCCUUCUUCUACUGGCUUGAUAUAGGGGAAGGGAAGGAGGUCAAUCUUGUGGACAUAUGCACUCGAUCAAAGCUUCAACAACAGUGCAUCAAGUAUCUCGGCCCGACAGAAAGAAUGACUCAUGAGGUUGUGGUGGAGGAAGGAAAAUUUUUCUACAAGCAGACAGGGAAACUCCUUGACACUAAUGAAGGAGCCAAGGAUGCUAAAUGGAUAUUUGUCCUCAGCACAUCAAAGACAUUGUAUGUCGGCCAGAAGAUAAAAGGCCGGUUUCAGCAUUCAAGUUUCUUGGCUGGAGGUGCCACUUCUGCAGCAGGAAGAUUGGUUGUAAAUAAUGGUAUACUUAAGGCUGUGUGGCCUCACAGUGGGCAUUAUCGACCCACAGAAGAAAAUUUUGCGGAAUUUGUGCAAUUCCUCAAGGAGCAUAAAGUGGAUCUCUCCGAUGUGAAGAAAAGUCCUGAUGAAGAAGAAGAAUCUAUGAGCAAACAUAGUAGGAGAGUUUUUAGAAGCAACUCAUCUGGGGAGUACUUGACCCAAAAGGUGACAUAUUUGGAUACAGAAGACAUCAUGAACGAAGACUUGGAACAAGAGAAAACGGAUUCAAUGGGACAAGAUACAAAAAGUGAGGCAGAAUCUGCAGAGUCAAAGAGGUCUCUUAGCUUGCAUAGAAAAUUGGCUAACCUUGAAAUACCCAAAAGGAAUGAUCUAUUUGAGAGACCAGAGUGCAGCAAUCCGUGUGCAGUUACAAGAGAGGAAAAAUUCUCAGCAGAGUCUCUAUUGGGUGGUUAUGAAACAGCUGAAAAAUCAUUAGGGACAGAACAAGUUUACAUGGUUCCUAAGCAGAACUUAGAUCAUGAAGAAAAUGAAGAAGAAAUAGUUCCCAAGGAAUCAAUCCUUCGGAGGAUUAAUUCACAUAAAGGAAUGACUUCUUAUCAAUUGGGAAAACAGUUAUCUUGCAAAUGGACAACAGGAGCUGGUCCCCGUAUUGGCUGUAUGAGGGACUACCCCUCGGAGCUUCAAUUCCGUGUUUUGGAGCAAGUAAACUUGUCUCCCAGAAGUGCUAGAGCUAACUCCUCUCCUAGGAAUUCAACAGGCUUGAGCCCAAAGGUGUCAACACCAAGCACAUUGCGAAGAGCAAAAACAGCAACCACAAGAUCUGAUCUCAGAUGAGGGAAAAUCUCAGACAAAUUCUUUUGUGUAGAUAAGUUAUUAGGCAUUCCUUUAAUUUUUUUAUCUUUUUGUAGAACACCAGUGAAAAAUUUUACAUAACUUGUAGAAUAUUUUGGGUCUGAAUGCCCAUCAAAGAAAGAAGUUGGACAAUUUGUAAUCAGCAAUGAAGUAGAAUAACAAACUCAGGUGUUCGGAAGUGUUA